CCAGUGAACACUUCCUGGUGCUGUUCUCUUUCCACCUACUGAUCCUCUCCCUGGAUCACUCUCGACAAGACUUCAUCUAUGAGGGCAUCCUUCCCCUUUCUGGACUCUCCUUGGAGGCCGUCUCUCUGGACCAUGAUGCGUCACAUUCACCUCACAUGUUUGAGAUCAGUGGUCCAAUGGUGGACUCCAAGGUCUUCAUAUGCGCCAGUGCUGCAGAGCAACAGAAGUGGAUGCAACACAUAGAAGACAGGAGACGCAAGUCAAUGGCACAACCCAUGAGUCCCUCCCACUGCGCUCUCUCCUAUCUGCUACCCUGUGAUGAGCACUGGAAAAGAGAAGAACUGAAAAAGUACUUACUGCAAGCCCCCAUAUGGCAGUGGGAGGGCUCGUCCAUACAGCACAUGGGUCAGCUGGGAUACAUAUCUAUCGUUCACAUCAUCAACUCACAGAGACAGGGUCUCCAAGAAAGAUUGAUGGUUCUCUUCCCUCAAGACGUGCUGCUACUGUCAGUCGACAACAAGCGUCUGAAUAUAAGAUAUGAGGGCCGGUUGCCCCGACAGAGCAUCAGAGCGGUGGAGAGGUCAGCUCUGCCUGGGCGGCUUGAGUUUGAGCUGAUAGGAGAGCUGGUGGAGCCCCUGCAGGUCUCUUGCUCCUGUUACGAGGAUUAUCGGAACUGGAUGUUUCAAUUACAACAGGCAGACAGAAACAGCCACGUUGCAGUGAGUCACGCUCCUCCUCCCAUCAUGCCCAAGCUGCAGAGGAGCAGGAAGGAGUCCCAGGAACAGAUGAUAACGGCAGACCAACGUCACAUCAACGGACGCAGCUGAGUUACCUGAAGGUGGAAAAUCUGAAAUAAUGUGUAGAUAGUGUGUACAUAUCACUUGUUUGAGUAAUGUUGAUACGAAAUGGAGACAACAGAGGAGGAGGCUCUGAAAUAUGAUCACCGUUUGACAGUGUUCGCUUUGAUGUGGGGACAAACAGGAAGGUCAUGACCCAGUUUAACAGCGGUAGACAUGUUAGUGUAGAGAUUGUAAAAGUUACUGAGGAAAUUGUACAUACAUUAUUAAGCUUGGAUGUAAUUAAAAUCAAAUGCACAAGGGUUGAAUUUUUGACAAUAAAUUCUUUGAUUUAAGUUUUGAAAGUCAUUUAUUCAACACAUAAAAUGAAAGAAUCUGUAUUUAUUUCCAUGGUUAAACAUUUACAGUAGUGUGCAGGGAUCCAGUAAACAUCCAGUGUAUUACAGUAUUUAUAAUGUGGUAUUAGAAAUGAAAAUUAUAAAAAAAAGAUUAUAGUAGUGGAAUGUAAUUGUAAAAUGUAUUACAUUUUUGUUCAUAUAAAUUACAGUCAAAAUAGUAACUGAACCAUUUUCUACUCUUUACACAUGAAGCCAUCUACAGUAAAGUACAUUUACAUCAGAAUCUCCUUAGAGAACAACCAGCUAGAGGAGUAUAAAUACACAUGCUGCAACAGCAACCACUUAAAUUACAACUAACAACGCAUAUAUAGAAAUAAAAAGGGGUUAUAAACAUGUAAUGUGCCACUGGAAGAGUUGAUUAUAGUGGUUCAUUAACAGCAGGUCACAGCUCAGUUACACUGCGCUUUUGGUCAUUUGUACACAUAUAAGGGGACCGAUUUAGACCGAAAUGUCAUUCAGUGCUUCGUGUAUGACAGUAUUACUUGGCCCUGUAUGAUUAGCAUAACACAACAUAGUCUAGCUUUUAUUCAACUGGGGCCAAAGCUUAAAAAGUAGUAAACAAGAAGCACAAUGUUUUACUUUCACCACAACAAUGGGGAUGUUAAUGCGUCAAGGUCAAGAGGUGAUAUCAGUAGGUUUCAAUUUCCAGACAUUUAGUUGUAUUUUUUGACUGUCAACAAAUACCAUGAAAUAAAACAAAACACCAAGCCUCUGUUAACUGUCUGUGGCCUUCAGCUCCGAGCGAAACCUGUUCCUACUGGUGAGCGAAUUCUUUAAAAUGAGACAGAAACACAAGUGGGCUUCUCAAGGGCUUCCUCGACUAACUUUAAAAAAAUAUAUAUUGUAGCGUAAAAUGCAAUCUCCAGAAGUAAAUAGCUAAAGUUAUGCUAUAAACGAGCUAAAUCACGGAUGCAUGACUUGAUGUUCCCACGGCUAAGCUAAAGGCAGCUAAUGUUUAGCAUGAUGAGGUUUAGCAGUCUCACUUAGCCACUUGUUAGCAGCCGCGGCUUUUAAGACACCACAUCAGACAUCCAUGGUAUGGGUUUUUACUGAUAUAUUUUAUGUCGUACAACAACAGGAGUUUUAUUAAAGGUGACCUAUCAUGCAAAAUGAACUUUAGUACGUCUUUUAUACAUGAAUAUGUGUCCCGGUGAUCCAG